CUCCCGGCUCGCUCUCUCAGCUGUGCAUCGUCAGUCCUCGUCGCCGUCGUCACGAGCAACAACACUCGCACACGCACGCGCACUGCACGCAGCCCGAAGGGAGCGAGAGAGAGAGAGAGAGAGAGAGAGAUACUCGCAGUGGAGCCGUAGCGAGCAGCAGCAGCGCCACCUGCGCGCGCCAGCCAAGACGCUCUCGCAGGGCUCUUGGCGCGCGGCUCUCGCCAGUCGGAAGCUAUACCCACGCCGAGCAGCACGUCUCGCGGCCGCGACAGCAAUCUCUUCCGUUCGCGUCGUGCGGCGCGGUUUUUCCCGAAAGUCAAAGGCAUUGCACUCGUUGCCGAAAAGGGAGCUCGAUCUCGGCAGCGUCGUUGUAUUGCCCCCUAGAUGCGUGUAUUAUGUUGGAGUUGGCGAGCGACAUUAUCGUCAUCCGGCAAUCGGCGGCAGCAGCAGCAGCAGCAGCAGUGCCAGCAAGCAUCAGCAGGACAACUCGGACUAGCGGCAAAGUUUUACGACUGGAGCAUGCGGAGACGAGCCUGACGAACCUCCAGCCUCCGGAAUAGUGUGUGAGAUAUUAAUUUUGUGGUCGAUACGUGUGUGUGUAUAUAUAUAUACACAUAUAUACGUUUAUUGGGACUAGAGUGAGAAACAGAGACUAAAGUGCGAGGAUCAGUAAUAGUAGCAGCAGUUCGGAAGACUACAGUGGAACAGCGGCAGGCCGAUCCUAACCAAGCUUCGGAAGCGUGCGCUCGCGUUACGCAAGCAAGUAUACGUAGAGGGACAAAAAAGUGUGGACAGAGUGCGCGAGUGCCGCCGAGGGGGAUAGAGCAAGUCUCCCGGUCCGGUAAAUCGUCCAAGCACGGAAUUCCAGGCUAAGCAGGGGCCGCUGCAGCAGCAGCAGGCUGCGCCGGUGGUAGUGAGACGAAGGCGGCGCUAUCAGCGUCAGCAGCUGCAGCAGGGAAUCGGCGGUCAGCAGUUGCUCGACCAGCGACAGAUCAUGUCGACGGGAAAGAGACUGGCCAAGCGCAGCAUCAUCGGGACGCGGGUCUGCGCGCCCGGUGACGACGGCAAGUACUACAGCGGCGUCAUCAGCGCCGUUAACACGCCGACAUCGCCGCAGCAGCCCGAGCUCGGCGGGCUCAACAUAACGGCGAACACGCGCUACUCGGUGAGGUUCGACCCGGUGCCCGCGGGGCAAGGCAAGGCGCCCGAUUCCAAGAACGAGUACUCCGACAGAGACCUCAUCGGCUCGGGCUUCAACAGCGUUACCGGCGUCAAGCUCGUACCCGGACAGAAGGUCUACCUCACCUACAACGGCAGGGAGAUUCACGCCGAGGUCGUCCAGCACAGGCAGCACCUCGACGAGGUCGACGUCGUCGCGCCUUCCGGGGAGGGUACGAUGAGCCUGACGAGGCGCAUCGACGAGCUGAGGCUCAUGGAGUCGCGCAAGAGCGCGAGGCUCGCCGAUUCGGACACGGACUUUGCCAGACUGGCCGAUAUGGGCAGCGACCGCAAGCGAGCGUCGUCGCACUCCAUCGACGUCCCACAAGUCAUCGGGUCGCGGAAGCGAAGGCCCAGCUCGAGCAACGAAUCCGAGCGCUCGUAUAAUGGCUGGAACGAUAGGACGAACGACAAGUCCACCGGCCAGGGCGGGAACUGCAUGGACGAGUGCACAGCCGCCGUAGUACUCAUGUCCCUCUCGACGCCGCCGAAGACUUCUCUACCAAUUCACUGCCAACACACGUAUGGAUCCUGGGACGACCGCGUGAGCAGCAGCAGUAGCGGCAGCCACAACCUGGCGGUCGCAGGCUCGCCGGGCGUCGUCGGUAGCGGCACCUUCAACAGCAGUAGCAGCAGCAGCAGCAGUAGCGCCAGCUGGCGCAGCGGCACCCCGAGUCCACCGCUCAGCGACGAGGGCGCCCCCUGGCCCAACGGCGCUCCCCCGACGAGCGCCAACAAUGUUGUCAACGCUAGCGGCAGCAACAAUAACAACAACAACAACAACAGCAGCAGCAGCAGCAACAACGCCAAUCAUCUGGCUGCACAUCCGGUAGCGCACAAUCAUCAGCGCUAUUAUCAGUAUCACAACAAUCACGCCGCCGGUAGUUCCUCCUCGAGCAGCCCCAACUUCACCACCCACGACGAGGGCAUCGUGGCCGACCUCGACCACGAGCGGCCCCGUAAGAAGAAGAUCCGGUGUAGAGUGGAGAACGACGACAAUGUCGAAGACAGCGCGAACGCCGGCGAGAGCAGCGAUAACGAUGUCAAAUCCAUGACCAUUUACAAAUGCACCUGGCGUGACGAAAGCAACCGAAGUGUACGGUGCGGAGAAGUCAGCAAUUCCUGGAAUGUCGUUGCCGAACACGUUCUUCGAACGCACUUAAAUGGAAAGAAGAACUUCGAAGAUGAAGAAGACUUUUACAUUGACGAGCAGCCUGAACCAACUUGCUCGCCACCAACAAAAUCCCACUGGGACAUGGUCAGGCCCAGGAGCGAGGACCCAGAGUACCAGAAGCAACUACGUCUUGCUGCCUCACCUGCACAGAACAGCCCUCAAGUUGCCGCUGCAGUUAACACACAGGAUAUCAUUAUCCGUGAUGUCUUCUCCAUGGCUUCCCCGAGCACACCGAGCAAGCAGUUCAAGCCAUCGCCGAGGCCACUGCAAGCCUACAACGCGUCCAACAUAAGCGUGGUGACGGUGUCGCUUGGCAAAAUGCCGCACUCGCCGCGUCGCGUUCGCGGCGAGACGAAGAAGUGCCGCAAAGUGUACGGCAUGGAGCACAAGGAACUCUGGUGCACACAGUGCAAGUGGAAGAAGGCCUGCACGCGGUUCAGCGAUUAGGCCGCAGCGCGCGUCGGUUCCUCGCUCGGCGGGGACCGGCGACAACGGCUCACCGAUUAUCAUGCAGCAGUAAUGCAGCAAAACAGCGACACGCGGACGACCGACGCAGCCUCAGCCAGCAGCCGCGCCAGAUCGCCGAUUAUCGCCAACUGCCGAUCUGAUAUCGCCUCGAUUAAUCAAUGCACAAAUCUUAAUUUAUAAGUACUAUUAUAUUAAUUAAUUGAUGAUUCGUUAAUUUUAAUUAAUUAAACGAGAAAAAGCGGGGUUGAGCGUACUCGUGUGCUAACACACGCGCAACAGCAGAGGAGCCAACUUCUGCCCUGGCUCCUCAUUAUACUCUCUCUCCUUCGCGUCGAGUCCGUAUACCUGUAUACGGUCUAUUCCAAGAUACACAUUAUACAUAUACAACACACGCGUACAUAUUCUAGAACAACUACUAGAGAAAGACGAAGGGUUAGCUAACGACAAUGCGUAGAUACCUAUGCGUAUGCUGUACUUCUCGAACUAUCGGUAAGUUGUGUAUGUAAAUGUAGUGGCGUUUUUUUUUUUGCUGAAAUCUAAUGAGAUACAAAAAAAGAAAAUGCAAACACGCCGACACUCAAGAUACAAGCGUCAAUCCCAUGACGGAAUGGCGAACCGCUCAUGCAGUAGCGAGGAGAAGCAAACAAAAUCAAGAUGAAGAAAAAAGAAGAGAAGAUAUAUAAACGAGGACGUUAUUCGGGGGUAAGCGAUUAAAGCGAAUGAGCGCGCGGCUGCGAGAGGUCCGCGGCGAGUAGAGGGAAAGGGACCGGUGCUCUCUUAAAACCGAGACCCACCCGAAAGCGCGCAUGCGUUCGUUCUGUCUUCGUCGCGCGUCUUAACUAAUGACAAAUUUCACAAACAAAAUAUUAUAGAUAGAGAAAUGUUUAAUAGACGACAUUCGCGACGGUCGUCGACUUUGCGAGCGAUACCUCGACUCUCACGAGGUUAUUUUGAGCGCAACCGACCGGCGCGACUAUUAAAGAAAAUAAAGUAAAUUAAAAAAGAGAUGAGUAAAAAAUCACGCGAAAAAAAUUAAAAAAAAAGAAUAUAUAUAUAUAUAAAAAUAUAUAUAAAGCAAAUUGUGAUAUUUCAUGUAUAAUAAAUCAGACCCCCCACCCAGGGCCGAUAGAAAAAUUGCAAUACAAAGUGUAUAUCGAAGAAAAGACGGAUCUUGAGAAAAUAUAUAUAGGAGAGAUAGGAGACAUUAUAUCUGAUUGGAACUUCAAGAAGGGCAGAGGCGCACGUAGUACAAGUUAGAACACACGGCAUACGAAUCGGGAGGGCAAAAUUAUUUACAACUGACACCAACGCAUACUGCCAGCGUGAAUUAAAAAAAGUUUAAAUAAUGUUUAUCGAGAUUCGACGUUGUUCGAGAAAUCGAGGUUCGUGCGUACCCAUUUGCUACGAACCCUUCUUAUACAUUGCGUAUAUUAAAAGAUUAGAAAAUCGACAAAAAAAAUUACGUGAAAAAUUAAAGAUUUUACCUACACACAUAAAUAUGUACAUAUAGACGGGCCUUGGUAUCUACCGAUAUAUAAAUAUUUGCCCGCGUGCUUUCAGUGCCAGAGCUGAUCGACGCGACUAUCUCGCGCCAGAGAUAAUCGCCUUGAUUCGAAUCGAUCGUUCGACCUGCGACGAUAUGUAACGCAUAAUUUUUUUUAUUUCUGCACUUUCGCUUUCUCCCUCCCUUUCAUCCGUAGAAUUAUUGUUGAGUGAGCCGCGCUAUUUACAGCGACUUCUGAUUUUUUGACGAGAUGCAAAUCUUCGAUGAUAUUAUAAUAAUCGAUUAACGCGUUUUACACGUUAUGAAUGGUCGCUUUCGCGCUUUGCGAUCCGUUAUAUACUUUAAACAAAUUUGUAUACUUCGUAAUUGGCUAAAAACGAUCUUUUGUAUCGCGCGUUUUUACAUAACUGAGAACAUACGGACGUCUUCAGCUUUAUUGAAGGAAUUGAAAAGAUUUCUAUUUUUCAUUACACCAUGAAUAAAUCUAUUCGAAUUUGGUUUGAUUAUAACUUUUAUUUUCUUUUUUAAUGCAUGAUUAUGAACCUCUAUUAAUCAUGAAUGGCGCAAUUUUGUUAAGUUGAGUUUUUUUGAACUUCAGAGUAUCAUUGUAAUUAAUUUGUAUGGCUAUGUUUGAAUCCAAAGUUUUUACGACUAAGAGAUUCGAUUCGAUUGACGUUGCCCUGACGAGCGAAAUUUAACGCGAGUUUGUACAUAAGUUCAAAAUUGUACAUAGUUUUUAAAAUAAAAUCGGAAUCCUGAGAUUGUAGAUAAUAUUUAGGUGUAAUGUUUUUUGUGUUGACAUAAUAUUUUAACGAUAUUUUUUAAUCAAUGAUGGUUUCACUCAUAGAUAAACCAAGUCUUCGAAGGGGAGAACGUAAAUUAGUAUUAAGUCGGAGCAAGCGAAAGUUAAGUUAUGAAUAGCGCAACUACUGCUUCGUACGAUUGAUUCGAUUAAUUCAUUCGCAAUCAUGCACUUUUAAGAUAAAUCGAGAGAGCAUGUCUCGAACAAUGAAAAAGCUGCUGCUUUUUCGAGGCAUGCCAAGACGUGUAACAAAGGCAAACAAUUAAGUAUGAAUCUUGAGAGAAAAAAAUACUAUGUCGUUGAUACCUCGAUGGCCUGGAUAUAUCAUACCAAAACGAUCUCAUAUAAUUUAAUAAAUACAAAUUUUUAAUGCAAUUUUUAACGUAUGGUCGACCCAAUUGUCCUCGAGUCGAUCAAGAAGCAUUCACUGCCCACUUCUCGCCAAAUCGGAUAAAUUGAGAAGUAUUUACGAAUAAGCAAUCGAUACAUUAUGUAUGCGUAUUUUUACGUUUAUAUGUAUAUCAAGUUGUAAUUGGAUGCAAUCAACUACCUAUAUAAGGAUCAUUAUUUUCGUGAAAAAAAUUCUAAUUAAGAAAUCUUCAAUUUUGUUUCUUCUAUUCUAAUUUAAAUUAAAUGUAUUAUUAAUGUUAACGUGUUAUUUUUAAUACUAUGACUAUAUCAUUAUUAUUAUUAUUACUAUUAUUACUACUCUAAUUGUAAUAAUUAUUAUUGUAAUUGUAAUUCUUGCGAGGGGCAAACUGAUAGCGAGAAGACGCUGUUCAUUUUUAAAUGUUCUUCUUCCAAUGUUCUUGUGACCCGUCAGGGCUUUUGUUUUCGGUCGACCAUACGACACAAACAUUAUAUUAUUAUAUAUUAUUAUUAUUAUUAUUAUUAUUACUGAUAUUAUAUUAUAUUAUAAGUUAUUGAAUAUCAUUUCAUUACAAAAUUAUUGCAUCAUCAAGAUUGUAUUAUUAUACUAUUAUAUUAUAUCAUAUUAUUAUUAUAUUAUAUUAUAUUAUAUUAUAUUAUACAUACACAUAUAUAUCAUUAUUAAAACCAUUAUUAUUAUUAUGAUCAUUAGUGAAUAUUAUUGUGUGUUAUCACGGUGUUCAAUACGAGAAGAAAAUAAUUAUUAACAUUUGCUGAUGUUUCGCUAAAGAGAGAAAGAGAACAAAACGAGCUGUUGACUGUGAGAAUGAAAGAGAGAUAAAACUCGUUAGUAUUUCGCAAUACUCUGAUUAAAAGGGCGAUAUCUAUUAUAUAUAAAUAUUAUACACUGUUACAAUCGGAUGAUUUCCCGAAAACUUUAAGAUGACGAGACGCGCGGGUAGACGAGGAGGGCGAAGGGAAAGGGCAGCAACAGAGCAGCAGAGGCAGGCAUAAGGUUCCGUAUUGAAAAAGUCGCUGAGAAACACAUAGAUACUUAUUAUACUGUGCAUAUACACCACCCAGAGCGAGAUCGUUGCUGGAUAACAUAUAGAUAUAUGAACUAUAUACGUUGGCAAGAACCCUAAAACAUAAAAAUAGACAAUUUUAGGGGGGGGGGGGGGAUCCGCGCGUGGGCUUGCAUGGGGCUACUCUUUUUCGAGUCUAUAUGUUUCUAAAGACUUUUUUAAGACUGGCCGCUCGUAUAUAAUAUUAUAUACAUAUGUGCACUCACGUCGAGCGCGCGACGACGAUACACGACAAAACAAAAAGACAUAUAUAUAUACAUAAAUAUUAUACAUAGUUAAUUAAGCGCGCACCGCCGAGCUGCGCGCGAGUGCUAUUAUUAUAUGACAUAAUAAAUGUGUAACGCGGGAAAGAGAGAGUGUGUGUGUGUGUGUGUGCAAGUAGGCGUAUGCGAAUGCUAUUUUUGACGCGGUGGUGGUGCUACUGCUGUUACGAAUUUAUUUCAGUGCAAAUGCGUACGCGAAAAAAAUCUACAUCGACUCAUCUAUCUGUCUCGUUUUAAUACACGCUCACACACCUGACACGCACACACACACACACACGCGUACACUACUGUACUGUAGAUAAAUAGAUAUGCGCUUGCGAGAAAGUCAAAAACCCCAUGCAUAUUUCGUAUGAAACUCUCGCCGAGGAGAGUGUGGACGAAGAAAAUAUAUAUUAUAUAUAAGAAUAAAGUGAAUAAAUAAAAUAUAUCUAUAUACAUACGUAAAAGUAUACGUAGUAUUAAAAGUAGGAAAGAAAUGUGUAUAUCUUUGAAUUCAAAUAAACCUAUACUUUUGAACGAAAAAAAGAAACGCCGAUUUUUAAUGCGGAUUAUAUUAUAUACAUUAUAUAUAUAUAUAUAUAUUAUAUAUAGAUAUGAUUUUUUUUUCUCGAAAAACGUACACUAUAUUGGAAAGAAAAGAAACGUUCGCCUCUUCAGACUCUACUCGGAGAUGAGACUUUGAUCAAUCCUGCCAUCGAUGGAUUUUUCAUUUUCCUUCAGAAGCAUAAAUAAACCAUCAAUGCGAAAUCCAUACAAUACAUACUUAUCGUAUUUAAUAUAACAUAAUCGAAUCUGUACAAGAUAGAAAGAGCGAGAGAUAACACACGUAUACGUACACGUGCGUGUCUAUCGUAUAUUUAAAGUAAAAUACAAACAAAGUCUUGUUUCCGCAAAACAGUACAAUCUUCUAACGAACUGGGUGUGUAAUUUUUGCAAAAGUCGUCCAACGCAGCGAUUUAUUAUAAAAUGAAGUCUAUAAAGCAUACAUAGCUUGAAAAAAGAGAGUUACAAAGAAAAAAAGAGAAACAGAACUCGACAUUCGUAUUCGCGUCCAUAUUUUUUUAUCGAAACAAUGAGAGUGCGAAGAGUCGCACUUUUAACAAUUGAAUAAACAAAGAAGUAAAUAAACGCGUAACACAAACAUAUAUAGUAGAACACAGAGAGAAAAAAAAAUAAUAAUAAACGACAGGCGGUACACCUAUUCGCUACAAUCGCAGUCUUGUCUCGCAUCUCACCGCGUGAUACUACAUAAUAAACAUGAUAUAUUAUAUCGGAGGAAUCUGAUGAAAAUCGAUCGCGUGCAUUUUUGCAAUAUAUAAUACGUAUAUAUAUAUAUACAUAUAUACAUAUACAUAUUCGUUAUACGUGUGUAGUUGCGGCGAGAGAGGGAGAGUGCGCGCGUGUGUGUGUGAGAGAGAGAGAGAGAGAGAGAGAGAGAGAGAAAGAGUGAAACGCGCGCGCGUGCAUUAACAAUAAAUAAUCGCACGCCAAGGUGCAGCACGUGUCGUAUAAUGUAUAACAUAAUAAAUAUCUCAGGGAAAAAGUCUGGUAAAAGCGCGGCGCGGGUCCCGCCUUCUCUAUGUACACGUACAUUCGAUGUGAAAUCAGUUGAUUCGAUGAUCUAUCCAAGCCGGUGUGUCGAACGAAAAUUUAUAUUUUUGCCCAGUAAUGUUUUACCCGACUUUUUCCGCAACACCGAAUGUAUAUAUAAGAGACGGCUCCGCGAUCGACAUUGUAUUAAAGCACCGCAAACGCCAUUCGAUGUGUAUACUCUCGAGUAUUUAUCAGAUGAAUAUCAUUUUUAAUCUUCCAUUUAUACAUUGUUAUGUACCUAUAAUUUCAUUUUCGCACAAGGCGUUCAUUUGGAAAUGCGCUGAUGCAUAUACACGCGAAAAUUUUUGUGCAAUAUAUCCUAAAGCAAUAGUGGCGAAUGCGUUUCCCAUCUUACGUCAUAUCCUUCGUCGAAUAUUUGGCUACUUCAUCAUAUACGUGCGAGAGUGAAAAA